AUGGUGGAGAAGGUGGUGAUUGAGGUUGUGGUGGUGGUGGAGGAGGCGGUUGUGGUUACGACAAUGGUGUUGGAGGAGGUUGUGGUGUCGAAGGAGGAGGUUGUGGCGGCGGCAAUGACGGCAGCAAUUGUUGAGAUUAUAUAUAUGAUUGGUUUUGGUGAUCUACGCAAAGAAGGCAUGGGAGACUACGACAUUUAUGUGGGGACAAUUGAAGAAGGCUGGGGAGGAGAAGAUUUUGGAGGUGGAGAUGAGGGGGAGGAGGAGAUUUUGGUAGAGACUGUGGUAGAGGAGAUUUUGGUGGAGGUGGAGUGGGAGGUUGGGAUAGAGGAGAUUUUGGAGGUGGAGGACAUUGAUAUUGGAUUAGUCAAAUGCCAACUAAACAAGAAAUAUGCCUCAAAGAGGAAAGGAGACGCUUUACCUCGCCAGACUAAAAAGGAAGAGGAAGAUGCAUUACCAGAACAGAUGGAUAAUACACCCUUUAUAAUUAUCCCGGCCGUUUUUGGGUCGAUGAUCUUGAUACUUAUGAUUCUGGGUUUCUUGUGUGGAGGACGUGGAGGUUCUGGGAAAACGGGGUCUGGUAAUGGUCCUUUUGGAGGUGGUGGUUUUGUUGGUAGAGGCGGAGGUAGACGCGGACAAGACAAGGGUGGCGGUGAUGAUGGUGGUGAUGAUGAUGAUGGUGCUGGGGCGCUUGAAGCUGGCUGGGGAUCAGGAGGAGAUGUUGGUGGAGGUGGAGGUUGGGGAGGAGGAGGAGGGGAUUUUGGUGGCGGCGGUGGAGCUGGUGGAGGAGGAGGAGGAGGAGUGGGAGAUUUUGGCGGCGGCGGAGGUGGAGGUGGAGGAGGAAUCGGCGGCGGCGGCUGUUGA